GACCAAGACCAGGACUGAGAGCAUCGAUAUCCGGAGUCUUAACAAAUGCUAUGUAAUCUACCAAGCUCCUCUCAUUCCCCCUUGCCCACGUAUACCUGUGGAUCAACUUGUGCUGGAAGAAGCUCUUUGCCAAGAACAAAUCCCUCUCAGCACAGACAUCCACAAGAGUGCCGCAGGAUGGUAAGAUGACCGUUGAUAGUGGUGGCGGAGGCCUUGGGGGCGGCGGCGGUGGCGGCGGCGGCGGCGGAGGUGGGCCCAUAGCAGAUGAGGAAGGGCCUGAGAAAGAGAUAUGCGCCCGCCUCAUCAACUACCCCACUGCGUACAAUAAUUCUCAAGUGGUCCCUUCGCUCUGCUGCCUUGUGGGAACGGCAUUCUUGACCUCCCCUUCCGAGGCCUCCGUGGGGCAUACUAUAGAAGAAAACCCAAACCACUACACCAACCCCCAACCCCCACCACAACCCCAACCCCAAACCAAGAACCCCCUGGUGGGCUGGUUCGGCUCCAUCAACUACUCCAACCAGAACAGCACCCCGCCACCCCCUACCCCUCAACCCGCCCCCCAGCCCCAGACACAGCAUGACCCGAGCGCGGAUGACUUCCCAGUUAUCGACGACCCCGAGAAUAUGACGACUCUAUGGCCGGAUGACCCCGACUCAGGGCAUCCGUUCACCAAGGCGGCGCUGCAGGGGGACAUCGCAACCGUCAGGGACUAUGUGGCUCGGCAGACAUUUGACCCGGCAUCGAAGAAGGCCCAGCACGCACUAUUGGUUGCCUGCAGGACGGGCAACGUGGAGAUGACGAAGGUGCUGCUGGAUGCUGGCGUGGAUGUGCACUGCAGGGAUGCCAAGUCUGGGUGGCAGCCUAUCCACAUCGCCACCUACCGAGACCAUGUGGCCGUGGUGGAAGCCCUGGCGAUGCACGGGGAGUGGCGGCGAGGGGUGGCACUGGUGAGGUUCCGGGGUAUCACCUGCAACCUCCUCCACCUCGCGGCGAACUUCGGUUGUCUGGCAGUUCUUCGGUACCUGUUGUCGCACACUGUCAGGCUGGGGCUACACUUGGAGGUCCGAGACGCUGCCCACUGGACCGCGCUUCACCACGCCGCGUAUGAAGGUCGCGCGCAGGCUGUCACACUCCUCCUGCAGGCCGGCGCCGACAUCAACACGGCAGACCCCCAUGGCGUCACCCCACUGCACGCCGCGGCCUACAAUGACCACGUCCCCAUUGUGAGGUUCCUGCUGACGCGCGGAGCCAACCCCAAGAUGAUUGUGAAGGCGCCCACGACCGGAUCUCCACGACGCCGCCGCGCCAGCCAUGCCGUCCUCCCCACCUCCUCCAACACCCUCAACCCCAACAACCUCGACGGUGUGGGAGCCUGGGGCGGGGGGGGCAGUGGCCGGGGGACGGGGCUGGGGGUGCGGACAUCCUCCCUCGAUAACUUAUUCCGCCGGGGACAGAAAUGGAGCCCAAACCAACCCCAGAGCUUGAGUCAUCACCUCCAACCUCACCAAGCCAUCCGCGGUAGCCUGACCUCGCUCUUUGACAUCAGCCGGCGCACCCCACCCCCGCCCCCCCACGCCAUCAAGGCUAAGUGGCUGGGGGAAAGCCUCUCCACCCCCCCCAGCCUCACUCUCACCCCACCGCCCCCCUCGUCCUUGCUCACCGCUGGCCUGUCGAAUGAGUGGGGUGGCCCCGGGGGUCCGUGUACGCGCGAGUGUCCAACCUCUCGCUCCCUCCCGUCGUCGCACGCACAUGGGAGGGUUAGAAAGACAUCGCAGCUAGCCCUGGGCACGGAGAGAGGUCUGGAACGCGUCGAACCCAUACUCAAAUUCCACGUUGGCUCCACGCUCCUCCACUGGGCUUCCAACAUGGGGUAUGAUGACCUGGUGGCGGAUCUACUGGCCAGGGGGCUGUCGGUUGAUGCCCCUGACCGCCUGGGCCGCACCCCCCUGGGCCUGGCCACUUGGGCGGGCCACACCAGCAUCGUCAACACACUUCUUCAGGAGAACUCUACGCUGUCUGAAGAUGACAAGGACUGGCGGGGAAUAUCGCGCGAGGAGGUUGGUCUCUGCAUCGUCCGGGUCAUCGAGGAGACGGCCGUGUGCGCCCUUGAUGCCGCGCGCUCCGAUGGCUUCACGCUGCUCCACCUCGCCGCCCAGCAAGGCUACCCCAAUAUGAUGCACCGACUCCUGUCCCUCAAGGUUUCCCCAGACGUACGCAACAACCAGGGCGAGACACCACUCUUCGUCGCCAUCGGAAACAACCAGCUGGCGUGCGUACAACAGUUGAUCAACGCCGGGACUCGCCUCAGCAUAGUUGACAAGCGUGGCGGCUCGGCGCUCCACAUGGCGGCCAAGAACGGCAACGUGACGGUCAUCGACAUGCUCCUCACCACGUCGGAACUCGAGGCGGAGCGUAACGUCGAUAUCAACCAGUGUGACAAGAUUGGUUACACGCCGAUUUAUUACGCCAUCAAUGCUAGCAGAUACGACAUCGUGCAGCGGUUCCUGGAGUACAGCCUGGUGCGGAAGGUUCACUGCAAGGCGACCAAGAGCGAGACACUCCUGCAAUUCUACACAGAGCGGAACAACCUCGGCCAGUACGAUAACGCCGUCGUCCGUGUGCUGGAGUGCGAAAAGCUACUCCACAGCACAAAGCCGAGCGCAGAGAUGUGCUUACGCGUCCAGCUGGGUACGACGGAAGCGAGCUCAAAGGCGAGGGCACAGCUGCAGGCCAUGUACGAGUCGACACGCGCUCAAAGACACUGCUGGAAUUUCUGGUUCUUUCUCUCGUGUUUUCUCCUCCCGUCGGUCUUUUACUACCUCGAUGUCUACACUGAUAUCCUCCUGGCCGUUGAGUACCAUCAGGACUACCUCAAGAGCAUCAACGAUUCCUCCGUCAUGCCGAGGAAUGCCACCACGACGGUUAAUGCCACGUUCUCGGAGGAGCUGGUGGUUGAGGCGGAAGAGGAGGAGGAGGGGUUUCUGGACAACCUCACCGACAACCCCGACAAGAUCAACUUCCUCCUCACCGUGUUCUUCAUCCUCCUGCCAAUCACCCUGCUCUCCACGUGGAAUCUAUACAUCCACGUCACGCAGCAGGACAUACUCCCCAUCUUCAAGCUCCUGCCGUCGUUCCUGCGCGUCUCACUCUACACUUUCAUCUUCCUGACGCCUCUCGCGCCCGUCAUGGCCUACCUGGAGAACACGUACGCGCAGAUGAAGCACAUGAACGUCACCGCGCGCCAGAUGCAGGAGUUUGGGGUCGACACGAAGGACAGAACCCUCACUCUGUCCCCCGAGCAGCCCCCCACGAACUCGCCAAAGCCACGGUCCAAGGUACUGAUAUUUGGCCAACCGAAGGGACGCCGUAAGCUUUGGGAGAAGAGCGUAAUAGAGGAAGGGCAAUUACGUCAUAAGGAAGAUUUAAUUCUGGACUCCAAGGCAGCCACCAACUUCUACCCUCACGGCGGCGGAGCGUACAAGACCUAUCGCCACCACCUGAGGGAUAUGGAGAUCCGGAAGUACUACGACCUCAAGCACGUGGCCCAGAUGCGCGUGGCCAUAACCAACGUGAUGGAGGCCACACUGGAGUCGGCCUUCCAGCUCAUUCUCCAGCUGUACAUCGUGGGAACGCACUACACGGAGCUGGACCAGGUUAAGGACGUCACGCUGGGCUCCAUCCUGUCGCUUUCGCCGCUGGGUCAAAACACGCAGCUCUCCAAACAGGUGUUCUCCGUGCUCAUCUCGCUGGUCUCCCUCACCUGGUCGUUCACAUCCUACCACCGUUUCUCCAAGCUCGGGGGACUCACCAUACUAAACGCACUGCCCCUCCUGUUUGCCAUAUUCUUUCAGGUGGUGUCCCGGGCCAUUGCGUGCACGGUGUUUACGCUGGCGCACACGUGGAAGGUCUUCGUGGUGUUGGGUGUUCACUUCGUGGUGGUGCUGGGGUUCAAACUCAAGCUGGAGGAGAGUUCGGUGUUGCCCGGCCGCACUUCCUUCUACUGCUGCCAGUGCUUCUUUUUGUACCUGCGCCCCUACUUCUAUGUCUUCCUCGGCACCAUCGCCUCAACCCUCGUCUACUUCCGCCUCGAGCGCCCAUCCGCCGUCAAGAAGCAGCUCUCGCGACGACACUCCACGGUUGUCAUUCAGGUGCUGUUCCUGGUGCUGGCCUUCAUUGAGAACCUGGUGCUGCUGGCGCUGGGGGUAUGCGGGCUGGAUAAGGACAAGUACGAUGACACUUUUAUCAUCAUCUGCUCCGUGCUUUGUGCCAUCAGCUACCUCACCGGCGUCAUACUCCAUGCGGUGUACUACAGCUGCUUCGGGCAUCCCUGGGUGGACAUCAACGGCCCAUCAGUGCACCGGGACCCUGACGAAGGCACGCUGGUCCUCUCGUACUACCAGCAGGGGAAGGUCUCAAAGUGGGCCAUUGACUCGUGUUGCAAGGUCGAACACCACACCGAGAUGCCCACAGACCUCGUGCCCGGCUUCAUCCUCGGCAAGAACGGCAACCACACCAGGGAUUUGGACUGGGACAACCUUUAGGGUGGCGGAUUUCGGUGGUGCGGUGGUGGUGAAGAGGUCUGUCAGUGGAAUGCUUACUGGUCUGUGUACUGGGUUAGUUUGCGAGGUGUUGACUGUACAAACCUUGAUGCAUAUACAGAAAUUAUUGUACACUAGGCAGUCUUUGCGGAAAAACUGUUUGUUGGUGGUGAGAAUUAAUGGUAACUGGUAAAGAGGUUAGCAGAGUGGUUACCGGCCUCUGUACUGGGUUACUCUAUGAGGUUUAGACUGUACAAACCCUGAGAUCGUUGUUUAUCAGUGGUGGAAAAUUGGUUACGAGAUUGGUGGAAUGUUUAUCGGCCUCUGUACUGGGUUACUUUAUGAGGUGGUUUAGACUGUACAAACCUCGAGAUCGUUGUUUAUCAGUGGUGGAAAAUUGGUUACCAGAUUAGUGGAAUGUUUAUCAGUCUCUCUACUGGCUUAGUUUAUGAGGUUUAGACU